CAGGCUGCCUGAGGUGGGCGGAGCUUGUGCUGUUUUCACAACACGACAUGUUUCAUUUGGGAAUAAACAGUCAAGUAAACUAGACGUCCAGACUGACGGUGUCAAAGCUGAGAAACGUAAGGUAAAAACCACUGAGCGGCUGUUCGUCGAGCGGAGGAGAAACACGAUGCCGGUGAAAGGAGGAAGGUUGGCCUCUUACCCGAGCAGGAGCGACAUUGUCGGAAGCUCAGGAAUGGAAGAGAUGGUCUGGGAGCAGUACACAGUCACUCUGCAGCGGGACUCCAAAAUGGGAUUUGGCAUUGCUGUCUCAGGUGGGCGUGACAACCCAAACGUGGACAAUGGCGAGAUGUCAAUAAUUGUGUCAGACGUGCUUCAGGGAGGUCCUGCAGAUGGAUUACUCUUUGAGAAUGAUCGUGUCAUUCAGGUCAACGCCAUCCCCAUGGACAAUGUGCCUCACUCCUUUGCUGUGCAGUCGCUUCGCAAAUGUGGCAAAGUGGCCAAGAUAACCGUGAAGAGACCACGCAAAGUCACUGGCCAGUCUCAGAAACAGCCGCCCUCCCCCAGUGGAGAAGGUCGAGAAUACUCUCCCUCCACCCACUACUACAAUGCUGACAACGACAGCUGGUACCGUGAUGAUGGCCGGGACCACACCACUGAGAGCAAAGGAUACCUGGACCCUGAAUACAGGGGAAGCCGGGAUUACAACCAGCGUGGAAGAAGCAGUGGGAGAAGCCCAGAGAGAACCUCACCAAGCCCGGACAGAUUCAGGAGGGAUGGGAGCCGCGAACGAGCCCUGGACCACAGCUCUGACCACCAGAGGUACCACAGCCGAGGAAGGAGCCCCGGGGAAAACUCUACCUCUGAGGAGAGGUACGAGCGAGGAGGAAGAGGUGGGAGGUACAGGAGCAGGGACAGGCUCCGUGAUACCCCUCCAUCCCCAGAACCUUCCAGAGACCAGGAGCCACUGGAGAAACCAGUCAAUGUCCUCUUGGUGAAAAACAAGCCCAGUGAAGAGUACGGCCUGCGUCUGGGGAGCCAGAUCUUUAUCAAGCAGAUGACCAACACCGGCCUGGCUGCUAAAGAUGGGAACCUACACGAGGGAGACAUCAUCCUGAAGAUCAAUGGGACGGUAACCGAGAACCUGUCCCUACAUGAUGCUGGGAAGCUGAUAGAAAAAUCAAGAGGGAAACUGCAGCUGGUGGUCCAGAGAGACCGCCGACAGAUCUUAGUCCGCAUCCCCCCGCUCGCUGACUCUGACUCUGAUAAUGACGACAUAUCGGAGAUGGAGUCCUACCAUUCCUAUUCUCCCCCAGAGGAGAGGAGGUCCCGCCAGUCAGAGCUUUCCUUUCACUCGUCAAAUGAAAGAGAAAACCCCAGAACAGAACUUGUGAGGACGACUAAAAUGUCAACGCUGGCACCUCCUUUCGGAGUACCUCAAGAAACCUCGGCCCCACCAAAGCUUGAAAAAGAUGGACCAUUUGUAGAGCCUUCAGUCACGCCAACAGCCACACCCAAGAUUCUCCUCAGGCCAAGUGCAGAAGAUGAAAAAUUAUACGGGCCCAACACGGUGAUGGUGAAUUUCCAGAAGGGAGACAGUGUCGGGCUGAGGCUGGCCGGAGGAAACGAUGUCGGUAUCUUUAUUGCUGGUGUCCAAGAGGGUAGUCCUGCUGAGGAAGAGGGCCUACACAUUGGGGACCAGAUCUUAAAGGUGAACAAUGUGGAUUUUCAAGGUGUUGUAAGAGAAGAGGCCGUGUUGUUCCUGUUGGAGAUUCCUAAAGGGGAGGUCAUCACCAUCCUGUCACAGAGCAAACCUGAUGUCUAUAAUGACAUCAUGGUGUCAGGCCGUGGGGAUUCCUUUUUCAUCCGGACCCACUUUACAUAUUUGAAGGAGACUCCUCAGAGCCUGGGCUUCAGCAGAGGAGACAUCUUUAAGGUGGUGGACACGCUGUACGAUGGCAAACUUGGCAACUGGCUAGCUGUUCGUAUUGGCAAGGACAAGCAGAUGCAGGAGAAAGGCAUCAUCCCCAACAAGAGCAGGGCAGAGCAGAUGGCCAGUGUUCAGCGCUGUGAUAAAGCAAACCCUGGUGACCGAGCUGACUUCUGGCGGUUGCGAAGCCAGCGUGUCGGGAAGAGGAAAGAUGUGAAGAAGGCCCGGGAAACCUUGAGCACUCAGACUCUGGCCACCCGCUUCCCAGCCUAUGAACGCGUGGUGCUCCGUGAAGCUGGUUUUCGCCGUCCUGUUGUGCUGUUCGGACCUAUCGCCGAUGCUGCAAAUGAGAAACUUGCCAGUGAGAUGCCGGAUCUGUUUGUUAUUGCCAAAACGGAGCCAAAAGAUGCCGGCUCUGAGAAAUCCUCAGGAGUCGUUCGCCUGAACACAAUUCGUCAAAUCAUCGAGCAGGACAAGCAUGCCCUCCUGGAUGUGACACCCAAAGCAGUGGACACCCUGAAUUACACCCAGUGGUACCCCAUUGUCAUCUUCUUCAACCCAGACAGCAAGCAUGGCAUCAAGACCCUGAGGCAGCGGGUCAUCCCCAAUUCCAAUCGAAGUGCCCGCAAACUGUACGAACAGGCUCUCAAACUGAGAAAAACCUGCUCUCACUUAUUCACAGCUGUCAUAGAUCUGAACUCGGCCAAUGACGCCUGGUAUGGCAGCAUCAAAGACACCAUCAGAGAGCAGCAGAUGCAAGCGGUCUGGGUUUCUGACUGCAAGCUGGAGGGAGUAGAGACUGAUCUGGACUGCCAGGACGUGGAACACCUGUCGUACCUGUCCGCCAUGUCCGCUGACUACCUCAGCAUGGACAGCCGACUGACCUCUGACCUGGAGGACACAGCGGAUGAGGGCGGAGCCUACACUGACAAUGAGCCAGACGCGGAGAUGAUCCACAUUUCUGCCAUAAGCCGUUCAUCCGAGCCAGUCACAGCUGAGGAGAUCUUGCGCAGGUACAGCCCAGACAUCCGGACUCACGGCAGGAAAGUUAACAGCAGGGACGUCCUGAGCAGGUGCAGCCCUCCGCCUGUCUUCCUCCCUGACGGCAAGGUGCACCAAGCUCUGAGAGAGGAGCCGGUCCUCACCUCAGUCACCACCAGUCCUUACCAUCACCCCGCACCACCUAACACCAUCCAGAGUUACGACUCUCCAACCAGCAGCAGCCCCGCCAGCAGCAACAAUGAAGCGCCACCACCCAUCUCUCGCUCACACACUUCCUCCAGCCCUCCUCCUCCGCCUCCACUUCACCACCUUAACUCCUUUGGCAAGACUCGACCCCAUAGAGCUUCGCACUCUCCUAUCCUGGCCAAGAUGAGCAGAUGUGGAAGCACAGCACAGAAUGUUCAGCUGUCUCCUGCUCUGCCCAGUACAUGCGUGGCCAUCUGCAGGCCCCAAGAGGAGUCUGGAGACAAGAGUCCUGUGGAGGAUCCAUCCAUGCGGUCCUUCCUGGGUAAGAUCAAGGCCUUUGAGAAGCUGCAUCACUACGCCAGAGCCCAAAGAUUGCUGGAACUGCAGGAGGCACAGAAAGCCAGGUUCGAAAGUGCUCAGAAGCAUCCAGACAUCUACGCUGUUCCUGUGAAGACGGCCAAGUUGGAUCACAGUCGCCCGCAGCCUGUUGGCUCCCAUCCAGAACCACAGACUCUUCCCGCCUCCAGGGAGGGCAGACCUUUGUACCACAGUGAAGAGGAGGCGGGGCCAGGAUACUACACUGCCAACUCCCAACAGUAUGAAGACACUGAGCUGUAAGGUUCUCACACUGCAGCCGUCCCCGCCCUCCGCUUCCUGGAGCCACACGUACACACACACACACACACACACACACACACACACUGUGUACGAUAAUAUAUCCACACACUACCCUACCUUACCGUACACAGGUAAGUCAGCUGCUCACUCGGGAGUGACUCUCGCUUCUUUUGAUAACUGAGGACAGAGUCAAACCAGUCUGCACCAUCCCUUUGGAUAGGGACUGUGUCCUUUGUCAUUUAAAGUUAUUUCACUAUUUGUGUUGUAUUUGAUUAUUUCAUACUGUGUAUAACUUUUUAGUUGUCAACACCAAGUAUUCAGGAACCAUGUUUUCUUGCCUAUGCAACUCUUUCUGUUUGUGCACAGCUGCCAGUAUUGUGCUUUUAUUUUAUUUUAUUUUUCAUCAAAAACCUUAAAAAACCCUGAAACACGCAAUGUGUUUUCGUCUUAAGCUCCUUUUUUGAAUCUUCUCCAGUCGCCGGCUAUGAUUGGGACUUGUAUAUUAUUGCAUAUAUAUGUGUUUAUACUCUUUGUAUUCCUUCCUAUAUAGCAAUGCUUGUCUAUACAGUAUAUAUCUAUCUAUAUAUAUUUAAAGAGAUAUUCUAUAUAGUAACACUGGACUUUGAUACGAUGUUUGAAGUGCCUUUUAUUGUGAGUCCCAUCAGGUUUGGGUUGUCCUUCCUGCACCACUUAGCCAUCCAGCUGAACCUUCUGCUGCUGUCAAAUGGAACCAGGGAACCAGUGACACCAAAACCUUAAUGUAGUCGCCGCACACUGUGCUGUAAAAAACAACAAAAAAAAAUGCACACUGCACAUUUGGUUGUGGACGCCUCGUGCACCGUAAAGCUACUUGCCAGGAUUCAAUCAAGAACAAUAAAACGUCAACACACAGUCAUAUUUAAGAAGAUGUGUAGAAUAAUGGCGUUCAGCAUUCAGGGCUGCGCUUCAGCAGGAAACUGGUUUGUCAGGGUUAACUGCGUGGCCUGUCAUCACAUUUUUGAUACGUUUUGGUGUCUGUUCAGUCGUUACUAAUGUGCCAAAUUAAAACUGUCUCAGCCGCCACCUAUAUUUAUUAGUUACCCUACGGCAUGAGUGAAAUCGCCUGGUGCAGGUGGGUGGUUGCAAAGAAAACCUGCACCCUCUUGGCAAUUUAUGGAAUCAGUUUGAAACCUCUGGCCCACAGUCACAUUAGCUACAAAUAACGGUGACAGGCAGUUGGCGUUUGUCCUUUGAUGGGCAUUCCUGGGGCAUGGCCAGCUUGUGGUUACUUGGCGUUCAUGUGCACAGUGUUUAAUGCUAAAUUAUAAAGACCGUGAAAACCCGACACUGUCGCUAUGAGCUUUGCUCUCCGUGCUUGGCUGCUUAACAGAACCAAACUUUGCUUGAUUUGUUUCAGUCCAACAUCUUUCACAGUGACAUUCCUGUAGCGCCAGUUAGCAUGCUAACAUCUCUGUAAGAUGUCUUGUAUAUCACUCCAGAGGUGUUAUCUAGAUACACAAACAUUUUUUUUUUAUAUUUGCUAACCUUUAUAAAAUAUGAGGGGAAAAAGCCAAACGUAUUAGAUUUAUAUAGAAAUACAGCUAGUUCAGUGUUUUCCGCCAUCUUGCUUUAUUUUGCUCGAGUGAGCAGCCAGCUGAUGUCAUGCUGCCUUGUUUACUCUGAUUGGAAGUCGUCUCUCAGCAUUUGCAUAAAAUAGAUCUAUCUAUUUUGGCCCCAUCUACCUGGUGGCAAAGUGCCCGUUAUCUCUUGUUGCUGUAAAAUGCCCACUCUGAGUGAAAAUGAAUGACGGGUCUGGGCUUUGCCUCUGUCGCUGCUUGUAGCUAAUGUGGUCGUAGGGUUACAGUGGAACAGCAGUCACAGUGUCCUUUGUGUUUGCCUGAUGUGACGUAAGUCCAACUCAAACCAAGUUUAACGUUGAGUGCCGCUGUAUUUGGAAUGAUAUUUUGUUUAUAUUUGAGAAUUAACUGCUACAUUCAACUCGUGCUUCUUCCUGUCCAAUUUGUAGCACAGAUUUCAGUUGGGUUUGUGUUAGCUUGAUCACUUUGACUGAUAUAAUACACUCUGAAGCAUGUUCCUUGUGUUCUGAUACUGUAUUUAGAAAUAAAAACAACCAGCUGUGUUGCUGUUGCGGACUUAACCGUGUUACCUCACCCCCUCUAGCGGUGAGGUUGCAGAUUGUGUUAUACAGUCACCACUUACGAUUUACCUUUCACACUUUCAAUUCUUUGUAGAUGAGGAUUCAUGCUCCCUCACCAUCUCUUCUGAUGAGCAAUACGUAUGAUCCUCCAUUUUACAAAAAUCUUGCUAGCACUAGCAGACCUGCCAACCUGUACGCAUCAAUGUACCCAAAAAAUGCUCAAGUAAAUUAUUUUGCUUUCUUUGGUGACACAUAAAACCUUCCAAGGUGGAGAAGUUCAGUAUGAUAGCCCCACCUGAAAAGAAAACUUAGUGCAGGUACCUCAAAGAUUAAUCCAGAUGUGUUUGGAGAUGAAUGAGGUCCAGUUCAUGCUAACGAUGUGUUAGCGCUGUGUAGGCUAACAGAAUGCAACAACAGCUUCUGUGUCCUGUAAUCAAACUGUGUUAGCGCUUUAAAUAAAUAAUAUUAAGGUUGCAGUUGCGCAUCAGAUGAACAAAUCUGGCAGCCCGGCAUCAACCGCUGAUCUUCAGGAGCCAUGUUUGUAGCUUAAAUUCAUAGCGCAAUGCUAACACACACAGUGGAGUUAAGGAUGGCUAGUUGUAACACAAUGUUACUGUUGGUAAUAAAAAAUGAAAGCUAGCCAAAGGAAAAAUAAAUGUCAGAGCGGUGUGGGAUCUGGUGAAAUAAAAAUGCCUCAUUUAAGUGUCGUUUGGUGCCAGAGUGGCGACUCAUAGGCUUCAAUAAAAGCUUUGUUCCUUUAAGCCACUCUUUUAGGGAUCACUGCAGCAACUCGUCUUCCUGAAACCUAAUGGUCAAAUAAUGUGUAGCACAGUACUAUAAUAUUAAAACUUUUGAUUUCUCCAGUAAGCACUGCAGUAUAUAAUACUGAAGAGAUCCGUUAACCAACUCAAACUUCGCUCAACCACUGAAGAUUUUUUCUUUACCUAUUGAACUACUUUCAUUAUAUAUAUUUCGUAAAUACUCUGUGAACAUUUAAUUCAAGCUAAAAAGAAUAGAUAUUUUUUGUUUUAUACACACACACAACUUUUUAUUGAAUAAAUUUUUAUUUUGUGGUAUCGAGAAUCGCAUCCUGUAUUGGUAUUGACUAAAUUUCUGGUAUCGUGACGUCUCUAGUCUGUUGCCUGUUGUCCAGUCUGGGCAGAUCCACUGUUCACAAACCAGUGCUGAUCACACUGCACCACUGUUUUUUUGUUUGUUUUUAAAGCUCUAACCUGAUACUGCUCAGCAAUAUGGAUGUGCCAAACUAAGACUGCAAGUGUUCCAUUUUUAAGUCCAGGCAAAUAGUUGCACAGAUUUCUGACUGUAAAUAAAUCAGCUGUUCAAAAUAUACAGUGUUCUAUUUUUAUAUUUUCUGUUUUUUAGCCUCCUGCCCACAUAAAGUGGUCCUCCAAGACUUCCUUAGAGGUUGGCAGGUCUGCUGUAGACUGUGUAUAGGGGAGUAACCACUGAUUCAGCUUCUUUUUCUUGUUUUUGUUUGUUUGAUUGACCAUGCUGCAAAAAAAGAAAAACAAAACUGUGUAAUUAUGUCCCUUUUGAGCUGCUGUAUCAAGAUGGCGGCCACCGUGGGGGGUCCUCUUCCCAAGUAGAUAUGAAGGGCUCAUUCUGAGAUGAAGAAAAUGAAUUGAUUGAUUGAUAAAUGUUUAUGAAGGCUAUAUUCCGUUCAUGCUAAUAAAACAUUCUCAGAAAUGCUACACGCUGCAGAUUUAAUGCCGGAAAUUUUACUUUUUUUUUUUCUUUUUUUCUGAUUGGUCAGGGUAGGAUAUGGAAAAGAAACAGCUGAUAAUGACGAAAAACAAAGGGCACUGGGGGGAUUUUUCUGUUCAGUAAAGUGGGCGGUCCUUUGAGGCUCUUAGUCAAACCUGAUGCUCAGAUUCAAACCCAUCUGAGAUACACUUAUUGAAGACAUCCAGUCCAGAUUUGGUAAAAUGUUAAUUUUGUCGACUUAUUCACACACGGGCCGAGUCCAUUUCUACAUCCCCCUUGUGGUUGGUGGAGGGAUAACACAAGAAUGUGAACUUUACUGUUGAGUACUUGUGAAAGUGAAAUCUUUGCGUGUAAACCAGAGUACCACACAAACGGCCGAGUUAACCACAGUAACGCUCAGAUUGAUCAGACUGCAUCCUUUGCAGGUUUCUUUGUGCAUUCUGUAGAACUGGUGCUGGAAACAUGGUGACCGUUGGCGGUUUGUGCAGUGGCUGUUGAUAAUAAGGACUUACGUGGAUGUAAACUCUCUGGCUUUGCUUUUCUUUCAGAGGAGUUGAGGUUGGGAUCAGGGACCAGGUUUACAUUUGCCGUUGUUUCAGUUAACGCAUCUCAGGAUGUUUCAGUCACCUUGCAGCAGCGUAUUAUAGUAUUUUACACUGGUGGUACAGAGAUGAAGGUUUUACUUCAUAGUCGUACAGUGUUCUACACCAUCAUCUCCAGCCGUGGUCCUGGAUUAGGCCUGGACCAGGAGCUCUUAGGCUUUGACAGCCCAGUGCAAAGUGUGUAUUUGCCACAUAGAUGU